UUUGCUCAAUUGGCAGCCUCACCAACAAUUGGAUAUUUUAGUGAAUUGCCACCUUUAUUUAGUAAUGUGUCUCACCUUGUGCCAGAGUCUUCUGAAUGACUCUCAUUCCUUUCUCCCUUUCAGCUCUCUUCAGUGUCUGGAUAAAUCUGAUCCAUGGAAUCAAUAUUCAGCCAAUUCCUGAAUAUCCAGUGGUCAAUCAUCCUGUCACCCUCAGAGUUAUAGGGGUCAGUGGAACCAUUCUCUCUUUCUCCUGGUAUAGAAGUUCAUCUGUUGACAAUUCCUCAUUAAUCUUAACUUAUAAUUCAUCUUCUAAUGUGGUGACGCAAGGGCCAGAAUACUUCCCUCGAGCCAUUGCUUAUUCAGAUGGAUCAUUAAGCAUCUCGAUACUUUAUACUUCAGACCAGACAAAUUACACUGUACAAGUAAAAGCGGACAGUUUAACAAAGGACACUAUUUACCUGCGUUCUUAUGGUGUCUGUGUGGAUCCUCCAGUCGAUAACACUGUAGGCAUUUUGGCCGGAAUCAUUUGUGGUACCUUUGUGGGACUUGCAUUGAUCGCUUGUGUAACAUUUCUACUGUACACAAGGUAUAUCCUUCCAGUGAGACAAGCAAAUACAGCAGGGAAAUUUAAUAACAAACAAGAUACAUCUGCAACAUACGACAAUGUUAUCGAUGGAGGAGUGGGACAAAACAUCACGGUGGAAUCUGCAUACACGGGGCUGCAGCGUCAGCAAGAUAAUGCCUACUGUGACCUUAAAAUGGGAUAUAAGUAA